AAAUUAAAACCUUCAAAAAUUUGCUGCGAUCACGUUUGAAGCUAAAUCUCUCUCUCUCUAACUACCUCUGUGGUACAGAGUCUCCGUGUUCUAAAAGCUUUGAGACCAUCUUCAAUUUCACAGAGAAAAACAAAACAAGCAAGGAGAAGAAACAUGAACAUCUUCACUAAGAAACCUAAUCCCAGAGAAGUGCUUCGGGAGAGUAAGAGAGAGAUGACACAAGCUACCAGAGGAAUCGAAAAGGAAAUCGGAUCUCUGCAAUCAGAAGAAAAAAAGCUCGUUCUCGAGAUCAAAAGAACUGCUAAAUCAGGCAAUGAGGGAGCGACUAAGAUUCUUGCUCGGCAAUUGAUCCGUCUAAGGCAGCAAAUAGCUAACUUACAAGGUAGCCGAGCUCAAAUGCGAGGCAUUGCUACUCAUACACAGGCUAUGCAUGCACACACUUCAGUUGCUGCUGGAAUGCAAGGUGCCACUAAGGCAAUGGCAGCUAUGAGCAAGAAUAUGGAUCCAGCAAAACAGGCUAAGGUUAUGAGAGAAUUUCAAAAGCAGUCUGCACAAAUGGACAUGACUACUGAGAUGAUGUCAGAUUCCAUAGAUGAUGCUUUAGACAAUGACGAAGCUGAAGACGAAACAGAGGAUUUGACAAACCAGGUUCUUGAUGAAAUCGGCAUUGAUAUCGCCUCGCAGUUAUCAUCUGCUCCAAAAGGGAAAAUUGGUGGGAAGAAAGCAGAGGAUGUUGGCAGUUCUGGAAUCGAUGAACUGGAGAAGCGGUUGGCGGCGCUUAGAUAGAAAGAAGAAGUACCAUGAGCUUGAAGAUGUUUCAGACAAAAAAUAUUAUACAUUCAAUGUGUCUUCUACAGUUUGCUUUCUGGGAAGAUUUGUGGAUAUAUAUAUAAUAAACAAUAUUUAAUGGGCCUAAUAAACUACCAAAGCCCAAUUUUAAAUCCGGUGUACUUGAAAGAAAUGGUUUUUUGGUUUUCAAAGUUAAUAAAAUUCUGAAAACCCAACAAUUAUGGGUUCGAUUGA